GACCAGCAUGAAGCCUUUUAGGAGAAGGAGGAGUUAAGAGGGGACGGGCGAGACGCACGCAAAUGACGUAGAAGGAAGUCACACGUAGGCACGUUUGUAGCACAUGAGGAUAUCAACAACAACUCUCCGCUCCUCUGAAAGGUAACAUGGCGAGGAAUAAACAAAAGGGGAAGAAACAGAAGAACGUCUUUCAAGUUGCAAACAAGCACUUGAAGCACAAGAACAAAGCGAAACCUGUCACGACAACACUCAAACACAUCAAUGCAGUGAAAAAUGAGAAGGUGGAGAACCUCAAUCAAAUCUUCACAGAAGUCCAGAGGGACGUUAAGAGUGUUUCGAAGUCUGUUGCUCCUGAACCAAAGAAACAAACACAGGUUGUCAGAGCGCCACCAAAAGAAUCUGUAAAUGUUGACAAUGCUGCUCAACUCUUCUCUCAGCUUUAAUAGACCAUGAAAGUGGGACUUGUAUAAAGUCUGAGGACAAACCCACUGACCAGCUAAUGAACUGGAUGUCUCUCCAUGUUGGACAUAUGAAAUAAUAAAGUCAGUUUACUUUCA